AUGGCAAUAAACAAGGACCUAAAAUCCACGCUAGCUUCGAAAACUAAAUUAUUCUGUGAGCACUGCACACUACAUGGUGUAUACUACUUCUACAAAGCCUCAACUUGGGCUGUUCACUUUCUAUGGGGGAUGAUCAUAGCAUCCAGCAUGGCUUUGUGCUGCUUCCUCGGCCAUAUGAUUUGGCAGAAGUUCGUCAUUGAUCCUACUUUGACUGUGGUAGAAACUACCCACUACUCAAUGGUAAAUAUACCUUUCCCUGCGGUGUCCAUCUGUGACACUGAGAGAGUGUAUUUGCCUAAGACUGGAGAGAUUACUGAGUUGCUAACACUUCGUGGCUUCAACAAAACUGAAAUAAAGGAUUUCUACGAGAGUUUCACAGGCGUCACACGGAAGGGCUACAACCCACUGCCGUAUGUUAGGAAGAUGCACGCCUUGCUUGAAGACCUUGGAUUCUCAUUGAAGAAUCUACUAGAUUUGUUUAAAAGACCGUGCAGUGAUAUAACGAUAGACUGCAGUUGGAGAUCAAAGCCACAUAAUUGUUCUGAAAUGUUCCGCUCUGUCCUCACUUUAGCUGGAUACUGCUGUCAGUUUGAUAUACCGUAUUUCAAAGAGCACACAGACAAUCAGACCAAUUUUAUAUCUGGACUGGACUCCACUGAAGCACUGGACAUUAUAGUAAAGGGACAAGGUCACAAUGGUUAUUCUGUGCUAUACGUGUACGACUAUGAGAACAGAGUGACGCUAGUAGACAGCUACUUCAGUUUGACGCCCGAGUCGUUUUUUGACGUCAACGUGUACGUCUGGGCAAUUGACUCGUCGACCUAUGUCAAGGCAUUGCCACUGUCUGGCAGAAAGUGUACGCUGGAUACGGAUCAAGGCACUGGGGGAGGCUUCCACCAGGGAUGUAUGACACGACUGAUCUUGAAGAGAGUGGUGGACCGAUGUAGAUGCCUGCCCUUUGGGUACUCUUCUAAAGAAUUGGAUUCUGAAGAAUUUGCUAAAUGCGCAUGGGAACAUUAUAUUUGCAUAUAUCAAACAAUAGAAAUGAUUGAAGUUGACAUAAAGGAUAUAAUAUCUGAUAGUGAAUGCUAUCAAAGAUGUGACUACGUCGAGUAUUCUACUGAAGUGGAGUUUGUUAGAAACCAGAGGAAUUUCAAAAAACUAAAUGAAAAUAACAGCAGGGUUUUGGUACAUUUUGGACAAAAUACUUGUAUGAAAUAUAGAAGGGAAGUCCUUUAUACUUGGGACCAGAUGUUGGCAAACCUGGGUGGUAUCUUUGGCCUCUGUCUGGGCGGUUCCAUCAUAAGUGUUAUUGAAAUCAUAUGGUUUUUAACAGAAAUUAUAUGUUCUAUAAUCGCUUCGUCUUGCCGAACGGCUGUGGUACCUAAAGAUGAUGACAAGAAUAAGGUAUUCGUAGUUUCUCAGAAGGAUAUGUUGUCUAAGCAGAAAUCUGGGAAAAGGGUUGUGGGGAAAUAUAAGUUUGUUCAUUGA